GAGGAGGGUUAUAUUAACAGUGUAUUCCUUCUAUAACGAAGGCAAUCACACGUGGGCCAUAUUUGGUCACCUCACAUCAACCGGGACGCCAGGAGCUAGGACAGAAAGCCACCACUGUAAUAUUGCGUGAGGAUAAUAGUACGUCGCCAACAAACGGUCUUCCGCUCGAAGGAUAAGUCAUGACAAUGUUUACUAAGUGAAUUUGAUUCUUAUCUGUGGUUGUGUAACUCAAACUGAACAAUGAAUCGCGGAAUAUGUGACUUCACUCCUUGGACUUGAUAGUCCCUUCAGACCUUCACCUUCAUGCUGCAAUGACCUUCACAUUCAUACUGCAAAUGACUUUCAACUAUAGCCAUUCAUGGACCUUCGUUUAAUGAUGUCAUUGACCUUCGCCUUAAUGUUGUCGCUGAACUCCGCCUUCUAACUGCUACAUACCUUCACAUAGGUCAACGGGCAUACGACCUUCACCUUUACAAGAAGUUCAAUAGAACGGAGGACAGAAGGACUCUCACACAAUGCAGAGGCUGGAGUGUAGUUGUAUGGAACUAGCCCUGGAAGGGGAGAGACUCUGCAAGGCGGGGGACUGCCACACAGGAGUACAGUUCUUCGAGGCGGCCGUGCAAGCCGGCACCGACGAUCUAAAGACCCUGAGCGCCAUCUACAGUCAGUUGGGCAACGCGUACUUCUACCUGCAGGAGUAUGUCAAGGCCUUGGAGUACCACAAACAUGACCUGAAUCUGGCCAGAGCUCUUGCUGACAGGAUGGGGGAAGCCAAAGCCAGCGGCAACCUUGGAAAUACACUCAAAGUCCUGGGAAAGUUCGAUGAGGCCAUUGUGUGCUGUGUCCGCCACCUGGAUAUAUCUCGAGAAAUAAGAGACAAGGUGGGCGAGGCACGGGCUCUGUACAAUCUGGGCAAUGUUUACCAUGCAAAAGGGAAGCAUGUUGGGAGGAGUGGACACCAAGACCCAGGAGAAUUCCCUCCAGAGGUCAAGGAUUGUCUGCAGAAGGCUGCCAAAUACUAUGAAGAGAACCUGACCAUUGUCCGGGAACUGGGUGAUCGGGCGGCUCAGGGUCGUGCGUGUGGGAACCUCGGCAACACCCACUACCUCCUGGGGAACUUCAGCCAGGCCAUAAAGUUCCAUGAGGAGAGACUGGCAAUAGCUAAGGAGUUUGGAGACAAGGCAGCUGAGAGGCGGGCAUACACCAACCUCGGGAAUGCCCACAUAUUCCUGGGAGAGUUUGACAUAGCAGCAGAACAUUAUAAGAAAAGUUUACAAAUUGCGACACAACUAGAAGACAAGGCUCUGGAAGCACAGGCUUGCUACAGCCUAGGGAACACGUACACCUUGCUGCGUGACUAUGAAAAGGCCAUUGAGUACCACAUGAGGCAUCUACGCAUUGCUCAAGAAUUACACGACCGAGUCGGGGAGGGGCGUGCAUGCUGGAGCCUGGGCAAUGCCCACUCAGCCUUAGGUGAACAUGAGGCAGCACUCAAGUUUGCCACUAAACACCUGGACAUCUCUAGAGAGAUUGGAGAUGAAACAGGACAGAUGACCGCAAAGAUGAACCUUGUUGACCUCCGCUCUGCUCUGGGAAUGAGAGAUCACAGCAAGGAGAACAUUAUCAGUUCCCAUGGUGUGUUGACGGAGUUGAGGGAUGGAGGUGGGAAGGACGUCAGUGACGUGGCUCUAGGACGACGCCCAAAUCGGGCGCGAAGAUUCAGUAUGGAGAACAUGGAACUGAUGAAACUGACACCAGAUAAAAACAAGCAGCAGAAUGACACUAAGGGUGGGGGAGGUGCACGUCCCAAGGUGCAGAAGUCCGCCAGCAUCGCCACAGAGAUGUCCAUGGACACGCCCAGGCAAAAAGCAGCCAUUGUUCGACCCAAAACUGCCGAUUCUGCUCUCCAGGAAGAAAAGGACGAGGCUUCUGAUGAUGACAACUUCUUUGAUCUCCUGAGUCGGUUCCAGAGUCGCAGGAUCGAUGACCAGAGAUGUUCGUUUCGACUGUCCGAACCGACACCUGCCACCCCUCCUCCAACCGCCACCCCACCUCAACCCAAUGGUCAGACUCUCUCCUCACAAGUUGCCUCUCCUGGCACAGAUGACUUCCUGGACAUGGUGGCUGGCAUCCAGGGUUCACGCAUGAAUGAUCAGCGAGCUGAGUGUCCCUCCUUCCCCGGGCUCAGUUCACAGGCCGUCAUUGGUCAGCUGCUUCAGCAGAAGUCGGAUGACACUGUCCCGGACGAUAACUUCUUCGAGAUGCUGAUGAGAUGCCAGGCAUCUCGCUUGGAGGACCAGAGGAGUGCUCUGCCCCAGCGGCCAGCUGCUCCCACUGUGCCCGACGAAGACUUCUUCAACCUCAUCCAGCGUGUGCAGUCAAGUCGACUGGAGGAGCAACGCACGUCCAUGCCGGCGGACUCAAAACCAAACUCAAACUCAUCCAGGAAAAGUAAGAAGAAGUGACCGAGUUGAAGGUUGUGUGUGGGACUGCAAGGCUGGCUCCUGCAGUUGGCGGUCAUGCUCAACACUGCCUCGAGGCACCUGAACACAUCAGCCAUUGCCGGACAGUUUACAAGAGACAAAUAUGUCCUAGCCUGCCUCAUUGUGUGCCAGUUAACAAACAGAUGUGCAUAUUGUACCCAUAAACAAUUUGACUACAUGUCGUUUUCUGCCAGCUGAACAUAUUAUCUGCAAUCUUAGCAUACAGUGUUACCUUACAUGUGGAGUUCAAAAGUCACUUCUGAUAUACUAUGCCAUUUAUCUCUAGCAGCUUGGUUAGUGGGAGUAAAACAUGGCUCAAACAGGUCUGCCCAUAUACAUCUGCUUGUUGCGUUACCUCCCUUAGAUGACAGUUACCUCCCUUCUUCAGACAACAAAUAGUUACCUCCCCUGCCAGCUGAUGAAGAUGCUUAUUGUAUAUAUCCUGGACAUCAAUGCUGUGAGAGUCGUGGGUGUUUGCGUGUACUCCACAGCCUUCUGCAGACUUGCUGGUCUGAGCGGUGAGACCUUUCAUUGUCCUUCCGGGUGGCUGAGCAGUGUAUGGACAGACAUAUAGCAGUGCCCAAGAUAUCACUUGUUGCAGGGUAUGGAUAGACUACCUCCUACAGAUUGCCCAAACAGAUUUGGGUCUGCAAAGCCAAAGCCAUGUUUAACACUGCUUCAAAAUAUUCAGGAAGCUAAUUCUUACGGAAGGUUUAAGAUAUUCAACAGGACUCACAGCCAGUGAUUACCUUUAACUUGAGAAAAAAUAUGUUUUGCUGUCUAUUAAUUCAAGACAGUGAAGCACAAGCUCUCUGACUCCUGUGGCAGCACGUGCUCUUUAGGGUAGAUAUCAUCUCACUCACACUGUAUGCUGUGGGUUGAUAUCAUCUCACUGACACUGUACACUGCGGGUGGAGACUGUCUCACUGACACUGUAUACUGUGGGUUGAGACCCUCUCACUGACAUUGUAUGCUGUGGGUUGAGACCGUCUCACUGACAUUGUAUACUGUGGGUUGAGACCGUCUCACUGACACUGUAUGCUGUUGGUUGAGACCCUCUCACUGACACUGUAUGCUGUGGGUUGAAACUUUCUCUUGACACUGUAUGCUGUGGGUUGAGACCCUCUCACCGACACUGUAUGCUGUGGGUUGAUAUCAUCUCACUGACACUGUAUACUGUGGGUUGAGACCCUCUCACUGACAUUGUAUGCUGUGGGUUGAGACCGUCUCACUGACAUUGUAUACUGUGGGUUGAGACCGUCUCACUGACACUGUAUACUGUGGGUUGAGACCAUCUCACUGACAUUGUAUGCUGUGGGUUGAGACCGUCUCACUGACACUGUAUGCUGUUGGUUGAGACCCUCUCACUGAUACUGUAUGCUGUGGGUUGAAACUUUCUCUUGACACUGUAUGCUGUUGGUUGAGACCCUCUCACUGACACUGUAUGCUGUGGGUUGAAACUUUCUCUUGACACUGUAUGCUGUGGGUUGAGACCCUCUCACCGACACUGUAUGCUGUGGGUUGAUAUCAUCUCACUGACACUGCAUACUGUGGGUUGAUAUCAUCUCACUGACACUGUAUACUGUGGGUUGAUAUCAUCUCACUGACACUGUAUACUGUGGGUUGAUAUCAUCUCACUGACACUGUAUACUGUGGGUUGAUA